AUGGGGAAUCAUUUCUCAGUGCAACACAGUCGCUCCAUGGUUAAAUUUGAGAGUGGCUACAAUGUGGAAACACUUUUCGAUGGAAGUCAGCUCGGAAUUGAGCCACACUCGGUGAAAAUAUCUCCAAAUGGUGAAUUUCUUGUACUGGAUUCUGAGAACAGUAACAUCUACAAGAUCUCUGGCUCAAUGUCCCGAUAUAGCAGACCCAAAUUGCUUGCAGGAUCAGCUGAAGGGAAUAUUGGACACAUAGAUGGGAGACCUAGAGAAGCUAGAAUGAACCACCCUAAAGGGCUUACAGUGGAUGACAGAGGGAAUAUUUACAUAGCAGACACAUUGAAUAUGGUCAUCAGAAAGAUCAGUGAUGAAGGGGUUACCACCAUUGCAGGUGGAAAAAGGGGAUAUGCAGGAGGUCACGUUGAUGGUCCAAGUGAGGAUGCUAAGUUUUCAAAUGAUUUUGAUGUAGUUUAUGUUUGUAGUAGUUGCUCUCUUUUGGUGGUGGAUUGUAGUAGUUGCUCUCUUUUGGUGGUGGAUAGGGGAGACCAUGCAAUCCGAGAGAUCCAACUCCAUCAAGAUGACUGCACUAGUUAUGAUGAAGAUGACAAUAGUUUCAACUUAGGAAUAGUGGUGCUUGUUGCUGCUGCAUUCUUUGGCUAUAUGUUGGCAUUGCUGCAGUGGAGGGUGAGGGCUUUGUUUUCUUCUUCGGAUGAUCCAAGAGCUCCAUCAAGGAAGAAAGGAGCACCGUUUGUAGCACAGCAAACGCAAAGGCCUCCUCCUCCUACUACUAAGUCAGUCAGGCCUCCUUUGAUUCCAAAUGAAGAUGAAUUUGAGAAACAAGAUGAGGGCUUUUUUGUUUCUCUUGGAAGGCUAUUCCUGAACUCUGGCUCAUGCAUGACAGAAAUUUUGGGGGGUUUGUUCUCAGGAUCCAAAAGAAAAUCACUGCAAUAUCAUCAGUAUCAGCAGCAGUAUCAGUAUGCUAACAGACAUCCUAAUGCCUGGCCCAUGCAAGAGAGUUUUGUCAUUCCAGAUGAAGAUGAACCUCCUCCUUCUAUAGAAACUAAAACACCAACACCUAGAGAAACCUAUACUAUCCUGACCGAAGAGCUGGAAAAACCACAGCUCAAGCCAAGUAGGGGUUACUUAAACUGGUGGGAGGGUGGUGAUUAUGAAGAACAGCAUCAACAACUUCAACAACAGCAUCCCAAGUUGCAACACCAACAGCACCAACAGGUCAAGCUCCAACAUCAGCACCAAGUUCACACGCGCUAUUCUUCCACCCCUCAAGGUUAUUAUGAGCAGAACUGCGAGACAAAUGAGAUUGUGUUUGGUGCAGUUCAAGAGCAUGAUGGAAGACGAGAAGCCAUGGUGAUAAAGGCUGUAGAUUAUGGGGAUCCAAAGUACACUCACCACAAUAUCCGCCCAAGAUUAAACUAUGUCGCUUACUCUAAUGGUUAUUGAAGAUUAGUGAUGAUUUCAUAGCAUCAAAGUGAUAGAACUUUGCCAAAAAUAUGAACAGAGUCACAUUAGUCUUACGAUCACAAAUCAAAAUCAUAAGGGAGAGAAAGAGAGAGAGAUAGGAAGGGAGAGGGCACACUAGUCCUGAAAAUUUUCUUUUCUUCUGAGAGAAUGUUGUA